AUGCCGUUCCCUUGCAGGAGAUCGCCUCGGGCUCAGACGCUUAUCCAGAAAGCCUUUACGGAACUUGAGCUGGUCUUUAACGUAGCCGACGCCCGGCGAUUUCGAAACACGACCAUUCAGGAUGUGCAAGUGCAAUGCCUCAGCUCCGAGUGUAUCAAGGCAUUCGAAACCCUCAUCAAGGCCUAUGCUAAAAUCGGCGAGUCGCUAGGGAGAUUCGAGAGACUACGAAGUGCCUUCGCAAGUGACCUCGGGUUCCAGCAGAUCCUCGCCAUCUACUAUCGCGACAUAGCUAAAUUCCAUGAACAUGCCUACAAGUUUGUUAGCGUCAAUGGUUGGAGGUUGUUCUUUCGCACAACGUGGGGCCGGUUCGAGGGGCAAUUCACUACCACGUUGGACAACCUGAAGCGGCAUGGCGAACUGAUCGACCAGGAAACCAAUACGAAAAACGCCAUUGCGAUACAAAAAUUGCUCGACCUUGAAUCGAGAAGGAAUGAGGAAUUAAGACGGGUCCAGAACGCCCGAAAAGAGGAGAGCAACAGGCAGUACAAGGACAUUAUAUCGCAACUUCAGGUCCAACAGUCCGAGUCCGACCAGGAUUCUAUCUGCAAGUCUUUGGCUAAAGCCCAGGGCGAGCAUGAUGGAACCUGUUCUUGGAUAUGGAAGCACGGCAAAACAGCUGCAUGGCUCAGCGAAACGGACGAUACCCAUACCCUAUGGCUGCAAGGCUCAGCCGGGUCAGGGAAGAGUAUCCUUGCCGAUAACCUUGCGAAAUAUCUCACCCUCAAGGGCCAAGUGGUAGUCUGCCAUUUUUGCAGCGAGCUAUAUGAUUCUUCUACGGAUUACGACCAAAUUCUCAAGUCCAUCAUUAGUCAACUCGCCGAACUCAGCAGUGAAUCGAUAGCGUAUACGCACGAAAUCCUCAUGGGUCAAAAGAAAUUGACUAAUCCUAUCCUCGUGGGGAUAGUCAAGGCUCUAGUACCUCUCAUCUCAGGGCAGUCCGGGACCAAGUGCAAAGUUUUACUGACAAGUCGCGACGAGCCCCGCGGCAACUCGUCCCGCAGACCGCCCACAGUCCUACUCAGUGAGCACAAGGAGCAUCUGAAGUCUUCGAUCCAGCUCUAUGUCUUGAAUCGGCUUCGGUCACUAGAGAUGGCUGAGAGACUGAGGCAGCUGGAUAUCAAUGGGGACAAGGUAACCGAUUUGGGGAAUAAGAUAACGGCCAAGGCAGACGGAAUGUUUCUGUACGCGCGGCUUAUCGUCGACUUUCUCUCCCGGCAGCUCUUUCCAACAGCGGGCAGGCUAGAAGAGGCAAUUGAUAACCCUCCACAAGAACUAAAGGACUUCAUCCAGCCCUACAUUGUCAGUGCUUUCAGUCAGCAGUCGCAAGAAGCAAUCCAGAGUGCGGUAUUCGCGGAAGACGGGCCCCCAGGCACGGCCCAGGCUGCUUCGGCCGAGUACGACGUAGUCUCUCAGAUCUUGAGCAAUUAUCGCGACACCGUUUCUCAGCUGCUUCGCCAAGGAUACUGUCACGGGAUAUCAAAGGAAGAGUUUGAUUUCUUCAGCUCCCACGCGAAGAAUCCGCUCUUCACCUGUCGGAUACCUCUAUGCCCUCGUGCCUUGAUGGGAUUCGAAACCGAGCCCGAGCUUCGGAACCAUGAGUAUUGGAUCUGGAUUCGAGACCCAGUUGGGUUCAUGGGCUCAGGAGCGCUCUUUGUGGGACCCGAGGACAUGGAUCUAGAUUUACCCCCGAAUCAUUCUCUCUCCGAUAUAUUCGGAGCCGUACGCCAAGGGAACUUCGGUAACCGGUAA